AGCUCUGCACAAGGACACUGGGUGCCAUUGGUGGCAUAGUGGUGGCAGCUUCCAGGGGGGUCUCCUUGUCCAGCCAGCCAGAGAUGUGAGGAUGGUGAUGAUGGGGAAGUAGAUCUGCAGCAGUGACUCAUGAGGAGGAGGACAAGGAGGAGGAGGCAGCAGCCAUACACACACACACACACACACACUGCACACACACUGCACUCCACCAACGUGCACAGCCCAACUGCAAGCCUGCCUCGAAGAUUUACUUGAAAGUUUAAUUCGACAAGAGACAUGUAACAACAGCAAUAAUUCAACAGUUCCUCAAGAAGAAUCCAGAUGACUUCACAACUCUGAGGAAGCUGCCUUCUUAGUCAUCAUGUACAUUGUGCUCUCCUGCUGAAAUGAACAUGAUGAAAACAGAAGCUCAAGCGGAGCGUUCGACCCUGCGGAGUGCCUCGCCCCACAGAAAUGCCUAUAGGACUGAGUUUCAGGCUCUCAAGAGCACCUUUGACAAACCAAAAGCUGAAGGGGAGGAAAAAUCCAAAGGGGAUGGCGAUGUGCCGCAAACGCAGCAGACCCGAGGGCGCCGAUAUGGGUCCAACGUCAACAGGAUCAAAAACUUGUUCAUGCAGAUGGGUAUGGAGCCAGGUGAAAACAAUGGAGUGCAGACAAAAAAGUCCAAAGCUACACCUUCGUCUCCUCAAAGGAAAUCCAAGUCUAGAGAGGUUUUGGAAAAAAAGGACGUAGCGGACGUAAAGCCCAAGACUACUAUUUUGGAAAGGAUCAGCCGCUUUGACACUUUGGAUGGACCAUCCUUUUCCAAGUUUACAGAAACUCGAAAGAUGUUCGAACACACUAUCAAUGACCCUGGCUACUCUGGCCGCUAUUCUUCGAGGAAGGAGAGACAGAGAUCUGUUGAAUUUUGCGAUGAAAGCCGUGGAAGUAAGUCAAACAGGGGAAGUAGUGAUUCUCUGGACAGUCUUAGCUCGAGGACUGAGGCCUUGUCUCCAACUGUGAGUCAACUAAGCGCAGUGUUUGAGAACAACGAUCCACAAAGUCCCAAUAAUCUGGAGAAAGAUGAGAACAGUGAAGGUUUUUCGGUAACUGGACAUUAUCCAAUGAACAUCUCACCCCCCACAGUUACCAAUUUUGAAGGCUAUGAACAUUCCAAGGAUGCAAAUUCUUGGUCGCCACCAGGGGAAACUGAUACGGACACCGAUAUUACCCAACAGAUGAACAGAGCAAUGUCCGGAGAAGACGGUCACAUCACAAUUAAAGAGGUAAAAAGAGAAAGCAUUGGUUGCAGUACAUCAAAUGACCACAUAGAGCUCAAGAAUGAUGUUGCUGAUGGAACCGAUGAUGGACCUCGUGAUAGACAUGUUGCGAAAAAAGGAAAUCAUGCGACACAACAGAACAAUUUGUCAGAAAACUUCACAAAUACAUUCGAUAGGACUAAAGAGGUAGAGUCACCGACAGCCUUGGAAAAAAACGAGAUGGCUAGCCGACCUCCCCCUGCUCCGACGUGCCUUGACGUUGGCACAAGUAUAACCAGUGACUUGAAUAGUUUGUCCACUGUCCAGUCGUACGACCAGUCCAGCUAUAAUGUUUACAGAGUGCGUUCGCGGUAUAAUGCAGAGUGGGAGGAGACAGAACCUGGGGAUGAUGAUGAUGACAGUGAUGAAAAUAAGUCUUACGAGCCAGACAUGGAAUUUUUCGAGAUCCCUGGAUUACCGGAAGAAGAAGAGGUUCCAGUUCAGCGGAAGAUUAAAUUUAGUAAAUCGCCAAUAAAAGUGUUCAACACAUACUCCAACGAAGACUAUGACCGGCGGAAUGAGGAGGUGGACCCGGUAGCGGCUUCGGCAGAAUAUGAGCUGGAGAAGCGAGUGGAAAAGCUGGAUAUAUUCCCCGUGGAUCUAGAAAAAGAUGAAGACGGACUUGGUGUUAGCAUUAUUGGAAUGGGAGUUGGCGCUGACACAGGGCUGGAGAAGCUUGGAAUAUUUGUUAAGACCGUUACAGACGGAGGGGCAGCCCAGAGAGACGGACGGAUCCUCGUCAACGAUCAGAUCUUGGAAGUGGACGGGAUUAGUCUGGUUGGCGUCACUCAGAACUUUGCAGCAACUGUUCUUCGAAACACCAAAGGAAAAGUCAGGUUUAUUAUAGGCCGUGAGAAACCGGGACAAAUUAGUGAGGUCGCCCAACUAAUCAGCCAGACGCUGGAGCAAGAGCGCCGCCAGCGGGAGAUGCUGGAACAGCACUAUGCACAGUAUGACGCAGACGACGAUGAGACAGGAGAGUACGCCACGGAUGAAGACGAUGAAGAUGUUGGUCCGGUAAUUCCAGGAAGAGAAAUGGCCAUUGAAGUUUUUGAUCUUCCGGAAGGGGAUGAAAUGUUCUCCUCUGAUGUGGAUGCGGCAAAGCUGGCUCACAAAUUUAAAGAGCUACAGAUUAAACAUGCCGUCACCGAAGCUGAGAUUAAGAAGCUGAAAGCCAAGCUCCAAGCAGCAGAGAAUGAGAAGGUGAGGUGGGAGGUGGAGAAGACACAGCUUCAACAGAACAUUGAAGAGAAUAAAGAUAGGAUGAUGAAGCUGGAGAGUUACUGGAUCGAGGCCCAAACGUUGUGCCACACGGUGAACGAACAUCUGAAGGAGACGCAGAGCCAGUACCAGGCCCUGGAGAAGAAAUAUAACAAGGCCAAAAAACUGAUCAAGGACUUCCAGCAAAAGGAAGUGGAUUUUAUGAAACGGCAAGAAGUUGAAAAGAAGAAGAUUGAGGACAUGGAAAAGGUUCACCUUGCUGAGGUGCAGAACUUACAGUCCCGGAUCAAAGACCUGGAAGCAGAGGUAUUCCGGCUCCUCAAGCAAAACGGCAGCCAGGUCAACAACAACAACAACAUUUUUGAAAGUCGGACAUGCCUUGGCGACGACCCUGUGUCAGCCGAAGACUUGGGUGAAAAGCAAGAGCCAAGCUUGGAUGGCUUGAAGGAAGAAGGCGCAGUGAAAAGUGCAGAGGGCGACGAUGUGUUUGACUUUAAUGAAGCAGUGCCAGAAACAGAGAGGCUGGAUUCUCAAGCUCAGAAGACUCGGGCUCACCUGAUUGUCAAGAGCAAAAGGCACAGACCAUCCAGAACGCGGUUACGGGACAGCGUCAGCUCCACAGAUGGAGAAGACAGCAUUGAGAGGAAGAAUGUCACAAUGAGCGACGAGUUCAGCGCCAGCAGCACCAGUUCCGCGGACCUGAGUGGUCUUGUGGCUGAACCAAAGUUGGCAGAGCGAUCCCAUUCUCUAGCGCUGUCAUCUGAUGAGAGCCUGGAUAUGAUAGAUGAUGAGAUCCUUGAUGAUGGCCAGUCUCCCAAACACAGCCCCCGUAGUCCUUUUGAGUGGAGCACACAGCAAGUGACUAACUGGCUGAUGAGUCUUAACCUAGAACACUGUGUAACUGAAUUCACAGCGCACAAUAUCAAUGGAGAACUACUUCUCCAGCUGGACAGCAGCAAGCUCAAGGCCCUUGGAGUAAAUUCUCAAGACAGAUUGCUCAUUAGAAAAAAGAUCAAAGACAUGAGAGUGACAGUUGAGAGGCUCCGCAAAGCCAAUGGAAAAAUGGAGAUGCAAAAGGAGAGACUCCGGAAGAUGGAGCGUGAUCAGCAAGUGCGGAGAGCAAGGCGGGAAGAUGACAUGCCCACAGAUGGUGCACGGAGCACACCAGAACCAUAACUGAUGUAUUCUGUGUGAAUAGGACAAUUCUACCACAAUGAGUUUGGUGUACAAUGUAUGCAAGCCUCCAGGCACUGCACAGAUCAGUGACAAUGCUGGUACAAGAAGGGGUAAAUACAAGCAAAAACAGCUCCACCCAUAGCUGACUACUCCAUUUUGGGUAGAGAGGGCAAUGAUUGAUGCUCCAGAGGGGUUUUACUGCUAUUUCCAACUUGACUGGGAGACCUUCUUUCCCCAUAGCAUGGCUCUGAUAUGGCUUUUCAGCUAAUCUGCUAACAUCAGCUGUAUUGUUAUCCAGUAAAUUAUGUCUAUGCCUU